AUGCAGGAGUUCGAGCCUGAAAACGUACACAAGCAUGUCGCACGUUCCCUCUCACCCACCUCCCUGAGAAAUCAGGUUGACCCUUUGGCUUUGCCCUACCGCCAGGUGACCGAGAACGCCAACAUGGAAGAAUACACAAUGGAAACCAUCACAGGCGAAAUCAUGAAGCCAGUUCGAUCGACAUCUACUGGCCGGAUAAAAGACUGGAAGUUAGUGACGUUCAGUAUUGAAGACCCCGAGAACCCAAAAAACUGGUCCAAAGCUUUCAAAUGGUACUGUACCAUGAUUGUUGCGUUCACAUGCUUCACCGUCACCUUCUCAAGCAGUGUCAUCACGGCCGAUAUUGAAGGGCCGAUGGAAACCUUUGGUGUCUCUCGAGAAGUUAGUUUCCUGGUCGUCACCGUGUUUGUCAUUGGAUUUGGCGUUGGCCCCAUGGUUUUCGCUCCCCUGUCUGAGAUGGUUGGCCGUCGAGUUGUAUACACGGCCACACUACUGCUGGCUUUGAUAUUCAUCAUCCCGUGUGCCGUGGCCCCAAACAUUGGGACUCUCAUCGUUUGCAGAGCAAUUGAUGGCAUCGCAUUCAGUGCACCUAUGACACUGGUCGGUGGUACGUUGUCUGACCUGUGGAAGAACGAAGAACGAGGCGUUCCCAUGGCAGCAUUCUCAGCCAGCCCUUUUCUGGGACCUGCGAUUGGUCCACUUACUGGUGGCUUCCUCGCGGAUGCGACUAACUGGAGAUGGCUCUACUGGUUGCAAUUGAUCUUGGCAUUUGUUGCAUGGGUUUUGAUCACCUUCACUGUUCCCGAGACAUAUGCACCUACUCUCCUCAAGAGAAGAGCGGUGAGACUGAGGAAGGUAGAGAAAGAUCCACAGCAUGUGACUGAAACGGAACUUGAUUCUCGGUCGACGGGAGAGAAGUUGCGGGUCUUCCUCAUUCGCCCAUUCCAGCUUUUGUUUUUGGAGCCCAUUGUUCUGUUUAUUUCUGUGUACAUGUCGGUUUUAUAUGGCCUUUUGUACAUGUUUUUCAUCGCAUAUCCUGUGGUAUAUCAAUCUGGAAAAGGGUGGAAUGCCGGUUCCACAGGACUUAUGUUCAUUCCUCUCGCUAUUGGGGUUGUCUCCAGUGCCGCAUGCGCGCCCUUCGUCAACAAGCACUAUUUAUCGCUAUACGCCAAGUAUGGAGGAAAGCCUCCUGCCGAAGCUCGUCUGAUCCCGAUGAUGUUCUCUUGUUGGUUCAUACCCAUUGGCCUGUUUAUCUUUGCGUGGACCUCGUAUCCCACUGUCCACUGGAUUGGCCCUACAAUUGGAGGAUGGCCCGUUGGGUUUGGCUUUAUAUUCUUGUACAACUCCGCCAACAAUUAUCUUGUGGAUACGUAUCAGGACCAGGCCGCUUCUGCCCUUGCCGCGAAGACAUUUUUGCGCUCAAUCUGGGGUGCAUCGACCGUGCUCUUCACUGAGCAGAUGUAUAGUCGUCUCGGGUACCAAUGGGCGAGCUCAUUGGUAGCUUUUAUCGCCUUAGCGUGCUGCGCGAUCCCCUUCGUUUUUUACUUCAAAGGGGAAUCUAUCCGGCGCUACUCCCGCUAUGCUUUCAGCGAUGACGAGGAGAAGACCGAAAAGAUCUGA